AUGGCAGGAGAUGAGGUGCCGGAGGCAUCCGAGAUGAGGUUACCUGAGUACCACGAAUCCUCGCUCUACCAGCGCCAAGGUCUUCCAUGGUUGAGCGACUCCGCUCAGCCUGUAAUUUAUGCGCAAUGCCGAGGAGAUCCUCACGGUCAGUCUGCGAAAUUAUUCUCGCUGCCUAGCGGCGCUAAGCCCCAGCAAUAG